AUGGAGACAAUGGCCAACCUAGGGUUGAUUUACUACAUGUUCGUCCUGGGUUUGCAAGUGGAUUUCAAGCCAAUAUUCCACGCUAGAAAAAAAGUUUUGAGCAUUGCCGCUGCUGGUAUUCUUCUUCCCCUACCUUUUGGCUAUGCCUUGUACAGAGUCCUAACACGACAGGAGGAUGGUCUUACUACUGUUACUAAACUAAAGGCUCGUACGUACGGUCCUAUAUUCUGGGGAAUCAUUCUUGCCUCCACCAACUUCGGGGAACUCGCCGGAGUACUUGCACACGUGAAGCUCCUCCACUCUGACGUUGGACGAACGGCCUUGUCUGUAAGUGUUACCAGCGACCUCAUCUGUUGGAUUCUUCUUGUGGGCACAGUGGCCUCAACAAGUGACGGUUAUCAAGUUUAUACGGUCUUAUCCACCUCAGCAUUAAUAAUAUUUUUAGUUUUUGUGGUUCGUCCUACCUUGUCAUGGAUGUUUUCUAACACCAACGACGCUUCUAACGACAAUGGUACUUCAUUCUACGACAUGGAUCCUCAAAUAUGCUUCAUUCUAGCCGGGGUUUUAUUUUUCGGGUACUUAAGUGAUGCAUGCGGGGCACACUCCAUUCUCGGAGCUUUCACAAUGGGAGCCAUAGUGCCAAAGGGAGAGCUCAAAAACGCAAUUAUACAGAAGGUUGACGACUUUGUGUCAAACGUUAUGAUGUCCCUCUUCUUUUUAGUGCUUGGGAUGAGAACGCAUGUCCAAGCAGUCAUCCUUGACAAAAAAGACAUACUAUUUGUCUUGCCAGUUAUUGUUUUGGCUUCGCUCGCUAAACUUGUUGUAACCUUCGUCGCUGCUAUCAUUAACAAAAUGCCAAUGCGCGAUAGUUUCGCCCUCGGACUUGUCAUGAACACCAAAGGCGUAGUCUCACUAAUAAUCCUCAAUUCUGGCAGGGACUUAAAGGUUUUGAUUGUUUACAAUAAUGCAAGUGUUUUGGACCACCACACAUUUUCAGUAAUGAUGGCUGCGGUUUGUGUAAUGACGGCUGCUGUUGGACCCAUUUUGAACCUGAUCUACAAGCGCAAUGGGACAUCUAAGCAUUACAAGCAUAGAAGCAUAAGAAGCAUUCAACCAAACUCGGAGUUUCGCAUCCUUACUUGCAUCCAUUCGACAAGCAAUGUUUCCGGCGUCAUCAAUCUCUUGGAGGCUUCAAAUCCCACGAAGCAAUCCCCAAUUUCUGUAUUUGCCGUCCACCUGGUGGAGCUAAGAAGUCAUGCUUCGGCCAUGCUCAUAGUGCACGACACAUGCAACUUGAAUAGGACAACCAGUGCGAGCAGUACAACUAAAAAUCAAAAUCACGCAAAGCAUGCGCACUUUUCGACAUCGUCGAACAACAUUGUUGCUGCCUUUGAAAAAUUUGAGAGUGAGUGUGAAGAAGGCAGCGUGUCUGUCGAGGCACUAACGACUGUGUCUUCUUACACCACCAUACACGAGGACAUUUGCAACCUUGCCGAGGAAAAACAGGCAGACCUUAUAAUUGUUCCUUUUCAUAAGCAAUCCACCAUUGACGGAGGAAUGGACAGUGGAAACGCUAGUGUUAGAGACGUUAACAGGAAUCUUUUAGAGAAUGUACCCUGUUCUGUGGCUGUCUUUGUGGAUCGUGGCCUCGGCGAUUUAUCUGAAACUAAAAAUGGAAAUAACGGUCAAGGGCACCGUCACCACCGCUGUUCCAUGCUUUUUAUUGGCGGCCCAGACGACCGCGAGGCAUUGGCUUAUGCGUGGAGGCUGGCUAGCAAUCCUAUUCCAAACCCUAAUAUCAGGUUAACUAUUGUACGUUUCAUUGUCGGUAAGGAUGCAACAGUUGGUUCCGAUCUCCUUCUCAAUAACGAUAAGAAUAACGGUGACCAUCACGAGGAAGAAAACAAUAAGAUUUUGCAGGACGUAAAGGGAAACGAGAAAGAGAAGCAAUUGGACGACCAAUGUAUAGAGGGCUUUAUGCUCAAUGCUAAGAACCAUCCUUACAUAAAACUAAUUACGGAGGUAGUGAACAAUGGAGAGGAAACUCUCCAACUAUUAAGCGACAUGGCAAGUGACUAUGAUCUUUAUAUUGUGGGAAGAGGGCAAGGAGUUUCCUCACCACUCAUCACUUUUGGGCUAUCUGAGUGGGGUGACUGUCCAGAGCUAGGACCUUUGGGAGAUACGUUGGUGUCGUCCAGAUUUGUUGCCAAUGCGUCGAUUAUCAUUGUGCAUCGAGGUGCUUCUCUUGUGGAUGAAUCCACUGAUCAACAUCUUACCCAGCAGUCUAUGCAUGUAUGA